CCGGCCAGUCCCAGCAGCAGCGGUCUCAAACACUAACCCAGCAUCAUGGCAGAUGAGCGUACCUUCAUUGCAGUCAAGCCCGAUGGCGUCCAGAGGGGUCUGAUCGGCGAGGUCAUCAAGCGCUUUGAGCAGAGGGGCUUCAAGCUGGUUGGCAUGAAGUUCCUUGUGCCCACUGAGGACCUGGCCAAGCAGCACUACGGUGACCUGAAGGAUCUGCCUUUCUUCGCUGGCCUCUGCAAGUACACCGCCUCUGGCCCAGUCGCGGCCAUGGUGUGGGAGGGCCUCAACAUCGUCAAGAUGGGCAGAAUGAUGCUGGGUGAGACCAACCCUGCCGACUCCAAGCCCGGCAGCAUCCGUGGAGAUUUCUGCAUCCAGGUUGGCAGGAACAUCAUCCACGGCAGUGACUCUACAGACAAUGCCAAGAAGGAGAUUGGACUGUGGUUCAAGCCAGAGGAGCUGGUUUCCUACAAGAGCUGCCAGGAUGCCUGGCUCUACGAGUAAACGGAACCAUCGCGCUUCUCAACUGCCCAACGAUCCAACUUUGCACCGUGACCAUGUAUUUGCACAGACUGACUGUUUUUUCGCCCAGCCAAACUGUUGUAGAUUGGGUCAUGUGGUUAUCCUUACUGUCCUUGUAGAGACUGUGGAGCACUUGUGGAAUAUAAAAAAAAAUCAUGUAUCCAACAUGAUGUUUUUAUACCCAAUAAAGCUGGUUAAAGGCUUGAA